AUGUCGCUGCAGAGCCCGCCCGCCGCCGGGGCUGCCGCCGACCCGCCGAGCCCGGCGCCGCCGCCGCCGGGCGCCGAGCUGAGCCGCGGCGGCGCGGAUCCCCCCGCGGCCGGGGAGGACGGCGAGGGCGAGGAGGAGGAAGAGGAGGAAGAAGGGGAGAAGGAGAAGGAGCGAGAGAAGCUGCCGCCGAUCCAGUCGGCAUCCAGCGCGGCGGCCGGGGGGUUGGAGAGAGGAGCCAAAAAUCAAUUUUCCACUUUCAGCAAUUUCAUCACAACUAUCAACCAAAAGAAAGAAGGCACCGGAAGCAGAAGUCCACCCACGCAACUUGUUAUACCUAACAUCAAAAAUGUGAGAGAUCUGCCACCUAUUUGUCUUGAUGUUAGACAAAAGCAGCGCAUCUCUAUAGAUACCCUACCACAAGAACUGAAAGCACCGAUCCCUCCUGAACCUUCCCUUCCAAUCCGAACCAAAUCUGUGAAAGAUUUUCAGGAUGAUAUGGAAAAAGCUAAGUCAUCAGGAGAUUGGAAAGCUGUACAUGAUUUUUAUUCUACAUCAUUUGAUUCUUUCCUGGAGAUAAAUGCUGCAUUUAAGAAAGAUGCCAAUUUUCCAUUUAAUACUAUUGAAGACUCUGGAAUCAAUGCAAAAUUUGUGAAUGUUGUCUACGAUGCCUUAUUAAAUACUCCUCAAGAUGUUCAGAAGUCGGUCCUAAAGGGAAUAAUUAAUGGUCUGUUACAAGAAUGGAAAGGGCCACGAACAAAAGAUGAUCUUAGGGCAUACUGUAUACUUCUACAGAAUCCUCAAUUUAGUAACACUUCUACUUAUGUCAUCUAUGCUCACUUGCUAAGACAGAUAGCAGCCUUAACAGAAGCUGACCAUCAUUUCCUAGUGCACUGGUCUAAAAAGAUUUCACAGAGAAGGUUCAAGCAGCUGGUGGACAGGUUACUGCAGUUUAUUUCUUUACGCUUGUUUCCUGCAAAACCUGAGGAGUUUCCACCCAUGGUGAAGUGUACCUGGUGGAUUCCAUCAGCAACCAAAGUCUUGGCUUUAUUUAAUGCUUCAAAUAGUCUAAGUAGUCCUCCUAUUAUUUCAUAUACGGAUUUCUAUAAUUCUACACUCGAUCAUAUUGAUCUUAUGGAAGAAUAUCAUAACUGGCAAUGUUAUGGAAACUCUCACAGGUUUUCUUUCUGUCAGUACCCAUUUAUUAUUUCAAUAGCAGCAAAAAAAGUUAUUAUUCAAAGGGAUUCGGAGCAACAGAUGAUAAGUAUUGCACGGCAAAGCCUUGUGGACAAAGUCUCUCGCAGACAGAAACCUGACAUGAAUAUGUUGUUCCUAAAUGUGAAAGUGAGGAGAACGCACCUUGUUAGUGAUUCACUUGAUGAGUUGGCAAGGAAGAGGGCAGAUCUGAAAAAGAAGUUGAAAGUCACGUUUGUAGGAGAAGCUGGUCUUGAUAUGGGUGGCCUGACAAAAGAGUGGUUUCUUCUUCUAAUUCGACAAAUUUUCCAUCCAGACUAUGGUAUGUUCAUGUAUCACAAGGAUUCCCACUGUCAUUGGUUCAGCAGCUUUAAAUGUGAUAACUACUCUGAAUUCCGGCUGGUUGGCGCUCUUAUGGGACUUGCUGUGUAUAAUAGCAUCACCCUGGAUAUUCGUUUUCCACCUUGCUGUUACAAGAAAUUGUUGAGUCCUCCCAUUGUUCCCUGUGAUCACAACACGCUCGUAGGUAUCUGUGAUGUUACGUUAGAAGACCUGGUUCAGAUUAUGCCAGAAUUGGCCCAUGGACUAAGUGAACUUCUAUCCUAUGAAGGCAAUGUUGAAGAGGAUUUUUACUCAACCUUUCAGGUUUUUCAGGAAGAAUUUGGUGUUAUAAAAUCUUACAACCUAAAGCCAAAUGGAGAUAAAAUUCCAGUCACAAAUCAGAAUAGAAAAGAAUAUGUGCAGCUUUAUGUUGAUUUUCUUCUCAAUAAAUCGAUCUACAAACAAUUUGCAGCUUUCUAUUACGGAUUUCACAGUGUCUGUGCUUCAUAUGCGCUGCUGCUACUUCGUCCAGAAGAGGUUGAAAUUCUUGUUUGUGGUAGUCCUGAACUGGAUAUGUCCGCUUUACAGCGAAGUACCCAAUAUGAGGGCUACCAGAAAACUGAUCUUACUAUACGAUACUUUUGGGAUGUAGUACUUGGAUUUUCUCUUGACCUUCAAAAGAAGCUGCUACAUUUUGCUACAGGAAGUGAUAGAGUACCUGUGGGAGGAAUGGCUGAUUUGAAUUUCAAGAUUUCAAAGAGUGAAACAUCCACUAAUUGGUUACCUGUGGCCCAUACUUGCUUCAACCAGCUUUGUCUCCCUCCUUACAAGAACAAGAAAGAAUUGAAGCAAAAGUUGAUUAUUGGAAUUUCAAAUGCAGAGGGGUUUGGUCUAGAAUGAGGGAAAGUACUUCAAGAACAGCAUUUUUAUGUAGCACUCACUCUCUUCUAAUUGUGCCUUUAAGCUUUUCAUUGUUAUGUCUCUUGAUAAUGUGGAAGUCUUACUCAACUUAAAACGUUUUUUAAAUUAAAUAUGAAGUGUAUGUUUUUUUUUUUUUUGCUGUAUGGCAAUACAUUUACUGCUUGCUUUAUUACAGAAAGUAGUUUUCUUCAUACAGAAAGUUGGUCUAUUUGAUUAAAAAAAAUGACUAAGGCGAGUUCUAAGUUAUAGCUCUUUUCUCAUUAUUCUUAUAGCACUUUAUCAUUAAUCAUAAUUACUUUAAAUCGUGUGUAUCCCACUGGGAAAUAAUAUACAGAAUAUUUCUUGAUUAACUAAUUCCAGUGGUAGAAUGUCUUCAGUUAACACAAACAGUAGAAAAGAAUGUAACAUAGAGCAUGUAGCCAUAUUUUCACAAAGGCAAAUAGGAAUUUUAAUCUUUAUAAAAUGUAUGCAGUUUUAAUAUUCUGGUUUUCAUUCUCAGUUAAACAGGCUGUCUAAGAAGCAUGUAAAUAAUUGCUGGUGAACAGAUAGGGUUUUGAUAGUGCCAUUUACUGCUAAAAGUUUAUUUUUUAUGAAUAAGAAGAGAUUUUAAAUGUUCUAUAUUCAGCUUUUACAGAUCAACAGGAUUGUACAAGAAGGUUAAAAGGUAAUUUUCAAGUUAAGUGGAUUCAAGGUCAAACUACAGGUGUUAAGCAACUUGCAUGUUCCUCCUUUGAAACCAAUAACAAACUAACCAGGUUUACUGGUUUACUUCUAGAGUAAAUAAAGCUAGAUACUUAGAAUAAAUUCCUCAUAUACUUAAUAUUUCAGAAAAAGAAUGAAAUCCACAACAUAAGAAAAAAUGACACGUAGUGUAUCAUGGUAUCAUCAGCAACUUUGUUGGAAGUCUUAAAGCUAUGAAUACAAUAACAUUUCAGAAGAAUGUUGAAGCCUUCAUUAACUUGAAGGUCAGCACCUAAAGAAAAUGUUUUUUAGUUUUCCCUACACAAAUUAAUUUCUUAGUAUUUCUCUUCUGAAUUAGUACAACUAGGAGCUGGGGAAAAAACUAGUUCUAAAAUGCAGAUGUAAUUAAAAGUCUGCAUUUUAUUCAUUAGACAGAAUUUAUUAGCAUGCAGUAUAGUAUUUUUUUUAUUAUUAUUGAAAGCUACUGUAUAUUCUAUAGGUUUCUAUUUCAGCUGAAUAAAGGCUAGAUCUUCCAAGAUAAUUAGGCACCUAACUUGUCAGCUUUCCCAGUUGACUUCUAUUGGGAGUUGUUUCCCGGUUGACUUCUAUUGGGAGUUGGUGCUUAAAUAUUUUUGAGUAUCUGUAUUCCAUUACUUAUUUGCAAUAAUAGCAAAAUAUUUUAUUUUUCUUGUUUUCCCUUUCUUUAUUUGCAUACAAUCAACAGAUUUUCACAUGAUGAACAAAUUAAUUUCUCUAAUCCGUAGUCUUAAAGUCAUUGUGGGUUUUCUUCAAUAGCUAAGUGUAAAUUUCAUUUUAUUCUCUUUCCUAGAGAAGACAGUGGUGAUUUUGUUAAUUUAUUAAAGUAGAGACAAAUAGUGGGAUACUUUAAAAUAUCUUGCAUUGUAUUAAUUGUGCUGUUACUGAAACAAAUAUUCAUUGGAACUUAGCUUGGAACUAAGCUAAGGUAGCACUGUCUGUGUUAAAAGCAGCAGUUCAAAAUUUUGUACUCUAUAUGGUUUCUUCCAAAAUGGAGAUUUAAAAAUAGAUUUCAAUUUACAGGAAUUCAGGUGUUAAGAAAGAAAUGAAACUUUCACCAUUGCACUGAAUGAACUAGACAGAAAUUUAGAAUUGCUUGAACCCAGCAGCAGAAGUGGAUGUAGGUAAGAAAUCUGGAAACAAACACCUCCCUUUCCCCCCCUCUGUAGAACUGAAUUUGUGGAAUUUUAGCUCAUGAAUAAAUAGCUAUACAGUUUAUCUGAAAACAAGGCACAUUAGCCAAAAUAUUUUUUUAUGGAUUAAGCCCAAUUUUAAUAACUAUUUAUCUAUUAUUGUUAAAAUAAAAGCUUUAUCUUCUUAUUUUCACUGAAAAUUGCACUGUCUUGGGUUUAGUUUUAUUUAUUAAAGCUUUUUUGAUUUACUUUGUAAUAUUACCUCAGACUUCUAAAAAAAAGCUAUUGUAUUCGCAUCAGUUUUUAAAUCAGAUACUGUCAUGUAAUGACAUUUUAUAUAUAUCCUGAUGUU